GAGUUCUCCACUGAGUGCUCCACUGAGUGCUCCAUGAUGGUGAUGAAGAUCACAGUGAUAAAGAUGAAGCUGUUGGUGCUGGUGUUGGCAGCCCAGCUGCUGAAGGUGAACUCCAUCGAAGAAGAAGACAUUCUUGAAAAAGUUUUUGAAGAACUAAAUAAGCGCAUUCAGGCGGUGAAAAUAUCAUGCCAAGUGAGAAAAGUGGUGUUCUCCGCGGCUCUGCAGCCUCCUGUUGUUACGAGUAGUGGGUUUGGAAUAAUAGGACCCUAUUCCAACAUUUCCAUGCUCAUACACAGCCACAUCAUCACCAACAUUGGCAAUGCCUACAACCCAAAUACAGGCGUGUUCAUAGCUCCAGUGAAAGGUGUUUAUUUCUUCACCUUCACAACAUACAGCUGGGCUAAGAAUGCCGACAUUGGGGUGGUUUUGUACCGGAACCAAGAGGAGGUGCUGCGGGUUUGGGAGCAUCAGGGCGAGGGGGAUAAUGAAGAUUAUGCCACUAACUCUGCUGCCCUGGUCCUGCAGCCGCUCGACACCGUGAGUCUCCGUCUGCCCAAGGGCUUCCAGGUGGCCACCAGCAUCGAUGACAACAGACACACCUUCUCUGGAUUUCUGCUCUACCAGCUGUGAGCUGCCAGUGAGGCCUCAUAGCAUCCACAGUCGCUUUCAUCACAACAGAAAUGAAGAAAAAGUGCAUUUAAAUGUUAGAAGUCAACAGUUAUUGCAUUCAAUGUGCUGUACGCUUUAAAUGCAAUUGAAAUAAUUACAUAGUUACAUUCUGUUUGUUUCAAUUUCAGGCAUUAACAAAAAAAAAUGUAUGGAAAAUGUAAUGGAUGGUCCUACAUUCUGCAAAAUAAGACCGAACAUAACUUUUCAUCAAAUUCAAAAAACAAAAUAUGCCAUGAAUGUGAAUGAAUGUAAUACCAAAGUUGUACGGACUUGAAAGUUUAGAACCCACUCUUGAUCCCUGGAGCUAUGACUAAUAAAUAAGCUGUCACUAUCCUUUAUCAUCACAGGUGAUAACUUUAACUUCUAGGGUUCACAAUGGUGUGUCUGCUCAGUACCAAAAUGCAUGUACAUCGCUUUGUCAAUUAAAAAAAAUAAAAGGACCUUGGUCAUUAUUACAUUUACAUUUAUGGCAUUUUGCAGACACUCUUACUUACAAUUUACAGUUACAUAGGUCGGCGCAGGUAGUGUUAGGAGUCUUGCCCAAGGACUCUUAUUGGUAUAGUGUAGCAUAGGGCAGUGGUUCCCAAACCUUUGAACAGUUCUGUAUCUCCUUUUUAUAAACCUUCUGCUGAGGACCCCCUCUCACACGUGCACACACACAUGCAAAUAUUGUAAUGCUACAUUUGUAAGACUUUUAAGCUUGUAAAAUCAUACCAGCUUAAAAUAUCAAACAUGUUAUAAUGUGGCGAAACAUGACACCAUAUCAUGUAAUACGGAAUAAAUAAUGUUAGGCCUGUAUUUUAAACUUGGUUCACCUAGGAGUGCUGCUCAGAGCACAGGGACGAUGACAAGGAGUGAACUGUAUUCGGUUGUAAUCUAAAAGCAGUCACACACACUGUAAAAAAAAAUGUUGAUCUGUUUUUUAUCAGGUUAUUUUUCUGUAUAAUUUAAACAGAAUUUUUCCAUGUCUGCAUUUUACUGUCACUCUUCCAUAUUUCCAAACUUUUUCUCCAUGAUGAUACAUUCAAAUGUGUUAAUAACAUUGUAACUACAUGAUAAUGUAUGGUAAAAU